AAAAAAAAUUCACUUCCGGCGUUUUGCAUGUGCGUUUCCACAAUCGUCCGCUGUUCUGGUUGAGAAGGCCAAAUAGCAAGUGUCCGUGCACUUCAUUGAGAUGUCUGCGGCAUUACGUGUGGUCUACAAUGUAUCCAGGCCAGGGUCAUUUCUGGCUAGUCAAAAUCUUGUACGUCCUCUCAGUCUAUCUGCACACAGAGCAGGGAUUAAAUAUGUCAAUAACCUGGAGGACGCCACAGAUAUGAAGUCCAUCACGGACCGUGCAGCUCAGACACUUUUGUGGACAGAGCUGUUCAGAGGUUUGGGAAUGACCAUGAGCUAUCUCUUCCGUGAACCUGCCACAAUCAACUACCCAUUCGAGAAGGGCCCUCUGUCGCCCCGUUUCCGUGGUGAGCAUGCGCUGCGCAGGUAUCCCUCUGGAGAGGAGCGCUGCAUUGCAUGUAAACUUUGUGAGGCCAUUUGUCCAGCCCAGGCCAUCACUAUUGAGGCAGAACCUCGUCUUGACGGCAGCAGGCGAACAACACGCUAUGACAUAGACAUGACCAAAUGCAUCUACUGUGGCUUUUGCCAGGAGGCCUGCCCUGUGGAUGCUAUUGUAGAGGGUCCCAACUUUGAGUUCUCCACAGAGACUCAUGAGGAAUUGCUUUAUAAUAAAGAGAAACUCCUCAACAAUGGAGACAAGUGGGAGGCGGAGAUCGCUGCCAACAUCCAAGCUGACUAUCUGUACAGAUAAACAAAAGUCAUGGACUGUCUCAUCUCUCUUACCAGUAAUCACAGCUUCAAUUGCAUUUAGAAGAUUUGGUUUUAGACAGUUACUGUUGUGCUAAAAGCACAUUUCAAAGCCCAGUGACUGGCUUUUUUUGAAGAUGCAGAUCCUUUUUGAUUUAUUUCAGUGUGAGCACACGUAUAGAUGCUCAGUUUUGAAAUUAAGUUCCCACUUCCAUGUCCAUAAACCACAGCAGACUUAAACUGGUGUCUCACAUCGAAACAUUUCUCUGUACGUCCAAAGCUGUCAUUUUAACUUUGGAAUUUCAACACAGCAUCACUGUCACACAGCAACUGUUGAAAAAGUAAAAGCUAGUUUUUCCUGAAAACCAUCAAGGAUGAUGCACCAAUCUGAGGCCAAUGUUACGUUCUCAUUUUGAGCCAUUCGAUCUAUCCUUCCCAUUUUUGUCUUUCUUUUCAUAUUUUGACCAUCAGUGGAUAAAAAAAAAGAGUGGUAACAAACACAAGCACUUCUAUUAUGUUGAAUUUAUCUCUCAAUAUUUACUAGUAAAAACAUUUUAUUUGUCCAUGUGAGAACUGUACAAAGAUUAAAUACUUGUGGACCGUAAAUAAUAAAUUAAUGCUUUGUCCAAAUCUU